CAUGAAGCUCUAAAUCAUAUUGCAGUUCUCUUCUAUGCGCUGGCGUAGUAUGAAGGUGCUUCCCGCGAAAUGAUAGCGCGCCCAGCUUGUAGCACCCCGUAAAUCACAUAGAUUUGCUUCCUCAUACCGAAACCGGGAAAUCAUCAAGACCAGGUUUCCAAAUCGUUCGCGCAUGGCCAUCCAGGGCAGCAAGUCCACGAUGGCACAUUGCCGGUGACGCGGAUGCGGCGGUCUCGCGUCGGUCGCUUGGAGAGCGGGCUGCGCAGCCUGGUGCGGCAGAGCAAAGUUUCACAGGCUGGUUCCCAGGUCGAUGUGUUGUUUGAGGUGCUGCCGCCGUACGGGCCUGACUAUGUGGGCAGCGCCACACACGCGUCUUUCAACGCAGUCAGCCAGCUGCUGCAGGGCGGCUUCCCGCACGCCGUGCCGGAGGUGCAGAGCUGUGUGUACCGCGGGCGAUGCGCAUCUGAUGGAAGCCCAUUAGAUGAUCAUAACAGGUUUGAGCCCUACCUGACCGCCUGCCUGUGGCUGGGCGGGGAGGUGGUGGCGGCGGCGGCGCUGCGCCUCAACCUACCGCCGCCGCCCUCGUCCGCGUCCUCAUCGGCGGCCGCAUCCACCAGUAGUACUACUGGCGCCGGGGCGGAAGGCACGCACCUGCAGAUCGUCCUCCAGGCCACGGCGCCGCGGCUGCAGCGGCGCGGCCUGGGGCGGCUGCUGACGCGGUGCGUCAUGAGAGCUGCUGUCCAGGAAGGGCACCAGUAUAUCACCACCCUGGUGUCGGACAAGACCAAAGCGAGGUUCUGGCAGCGAGUCACCUUUAGUGCGGCGCCGGUCCGGACCGAGGGCUUGCCGCUGGCGCUGCACAAGGCAGUGGCGGAGAGCCGUGAGAAGUCGCUGUUCACGGAUGUGGACGUGUGGUACGCGGAGCUGCCGCAGGCUCAGCAGCGGGACGCGGCGGCUGUCGGCAGGGCGGCUGCAGAUGAAGGGGAGGAGGAAUCGCGGCUGCAAGACGGACCGCCAACAGGCACCGGCGCUCGCCCUCCAACCCGCUUGGAUGCAGCUGACAGGCUGGUUCACCGUGCGGCCGCUCGUGUCGAUGCGAGCUUCAGGAGCAGAGGUCCGGCUCCUGCUGCAGUCGUUGGCGCUGGCGCUGCCGCUGCCGCUGGUGCUGGAGCUGGAGCUGGCACUGGUGCUGGCGCUGGCGCUGGUGCUGGAGCUGGAGCUGGAGCUGGAGCUGGAGCUGCUGCUGCCGCUGCUGGUGGUGGUGCUGCUAUUGUCGCCAGCGGUGGCGCGCACGCGACUAGCAGUAGCGGUGCAGUGCUGCAGCCGCAACCGCAGGCGCCGCCGCAGGCGCCGCAGCCGCAGCUGUCGACACCACCGUCGCAGCCCCUGCCACGACCCCAGCCUCCGCUAGGUGCUGGUGCGGCUGCGGGCGGAGGCUGGCGGCGCAUAGGACGCCCCAACCAGCCGCCACCACAGCCGCAGCCCUCGCAGUCGCAACCGCAGCAGGCCAGCUCCGUGCCUGCCAUCAGUCAGCCGACACUGCCGGCCUCAUCGGCACCGGUGGCUGCUGUCAAGGAGGAGCGCUUGUCUCCGGAGCAGGCUGUCCCGCACCAGCAGCGGGACGAGUGGGAGCAGUGGCGCCGCGGCCAGCGCGCACGGGAGCUAGGAUUGCGGGUGAAGGAGGAGGAAGACGCGGAGCAGGGGCGCGAGUGUGAGUGGACACAGCGCCGCCGGACACCCCCGCUGCGGCCACCGGCAGCAACGCAGGGCGCGGCGGAUGCGCCGGUGGUUGGGCUGGCGGGUGGGCUGGCGGGUGAGCUGGCUGUUGGCCAGCCGCAGGAGCAGGAGGGCGCUAGCACUCAGCAGGAGGGCGCUAGCACUCAGCAGGAAGGCGCUGCUGUUGCCACCGAAGCUGCAGCUACGGCUGCUGCUGAGGGGGAAGAUGGCGCGGCAGGGGCAGAGGCGGCGAUGCAGCAGCCUGCCCAGGAGUCGGGGCAGGCAGAUGCAGAAGCAUCGGCGGCGGCGGCGGCGGCGGCGGCGGCGGCGGCACAGGAGCGGGACGCAGAGGAGGAGCGGCCCAUACCAUGGUCGGUGAGGCAGGUAUGGCUGGUCGUAACGCGAGCGGUCGCGACCACGGCGAGCGCGGUAUGUGCCCGUCACUCGCUGGUUGAGAAGCUGCUCGGGCUAGAGGCGGCCGGCAGCUGUGCGACGCCCGCUGUGCCGCUGUACGACGGCAUGACACGCGCACCUGUCGUACACAACGGCAACAGCGCCCGACUGCAGCUCCGGGCGGCCUGGCGGGGGCGGGAGAAAGCGCGAGCGAACAAGCGGCCGGCGUGGGAGAUACGGGGCCUGUUGUCGUGGCUGCGGGACAAAGGUGCGGUGCCUGGUGAUCGCCUCGUGUUCACAGCAUGGCACGGCAGCAGCGGCCCCGAGGGGGGCAGCGGCAGCGCCAGUGCCAGCGGCAGUGCCAGCCCAAAGGUUCCGCUAGUGCUUUUGUGCCUCUCGCGGAAGCCGCGCCGCCAGGAGGGGAGCAACGGCGGUGAGCGGCUUAUGCAGUCGGAGCCGGAGACAGACGUGGAGGUGGGCUCUGAUGUCAGCAGUACCGACGCUGAUGAGAGGGAGGCGAUUGCGACGGCGGCGGUGGCACAGCAGCAGCAGGAGGACGUGGGUCAGCAGGACUCAUCAGACGCGCCCGCAGCUGCUUCCGACGACUCCGACGAGGAGGGGAAAGCGUUGGAGCCGCGGCAGGAGGCCGGCGCCGCAGGCGCAGUUGCGGGCGCCGGCGGGCCCCGACAGCGGCAGUCGCAGGUGCUGCUAGGCGCCUGCGCACCCGGCAGCGCGCACCGGCCACCCAGCAGCAGCCGCCCCGCCACGGCCACUGCUGUGUGGGUGCUCUCGGCGGCGACGGCAUCGCUGCGUCAGGCCUCCUACUCCGUCCGGUCAAGCCUGGUCGAGUCGCUGCUCGGCUCCCAGGCGGCACACAGCCGCAUGACGCCCGCCGUACCGCUGCACGACCGCGCCACAGGCAACCCCAUUGCCAGCAACGCCAGCCUGCAGCUGCUCGCCAGGUGGCGUGGCGCAGACGGCGCAGAGCUUGUGAACGGCUGCCGCAUUCCGCGAUGGCACCUGCGCGGCAUGCGGUCGUGGCUCAAGGCGCAGGGUGUGGUUGAGGGCGACCAAGUGGUGUUCACGGCUGAGCUGAUGGAUGGCUCGGCCGAUGCCUCCCGUACACGCCUCAGCAGCGCCCCUGCCGCUCCGCCGUCCCGCCUGCUGGUGGAGUUGGUUCGCGCAGCCGACAGAGGCGGUGGCAAUGCUCACGGUGCCGGUGCGGGUGCUGGUGCCGGUGCUGGUGCCGGUGCCGGUGCCGGUGCCGGUGCCGGUGCCGGUGCCGGUGCCGGUGCCGGUGCCGGUGCCGGUGCCGGUGCCGGUGCCGGUGCCGGUGCCGGUGCCGGUGCCGGUGCCGGUGCCGGUGCUGGUGCUGGUGCUGGUGGCAACAGAACCGAUAGCUGCAGCCGUGGCAGUGACGCGGAUGAGGACGCAGGCUCGGCUCAUGAUGGGUUGCAGCAGGAUGCGGCAGCGGGCACAGAAGCGGAGGCUGCAGGCACGGACUGCUCAGAGGAUGAGGACGCCGACGGCGCCGAGCCAGACGGUGACGACAGGGACAGCGACAGUGACAGUGACAUUGUUGUGGAGGAAGCCGGCGGUGCAGAUGGCGCCCUGCCGCGGGGCACGACGCCCGCUGCAGGCGCAUGUCUCGUGGGCGUCAAGAAAGCAUCUUGCGCUCUGUCCCUCGAGGCAAUGUCUGCGCUACUGGGACGCGAUGUGGCAGUGCGCGGUGAGAUGCCGGGGUGGAGGAACAACGGCGGAAAGCUCGUGCUGCCGCUGCGCGUGCCGCACCAUCAGCGGCAGUGGGCGCCUGUGGCGGCGCUGUCAUGCAAGGUCAAACGGUGUGGGGAGAGGCGCUAUGUCUACUGGCGCUUAUCGGGACUGGCCACGUGGCUACAUCGUGUGGGCGCGGGGCCGAGCAGCCGCCUGCGGCUCCAGGCUAUGUGUGGGGCAGCGCCGGAGGAGGCUGCAGGCGGCAGCGGAAGCGGCGGCGGCAAGUCGAAUGGCAGGGGCGGUGGCAGCGGCGAAUGGGGAGGCGCUGAAGCUGGCAGAGGCCGCGUUGUUGCGGUGGGUAUAAGCUUGGCAGCAGCAGAAACGCCGCCGCCGUCGCGGCAGGGCGCGGAAGGCUUGGCCGCGGGAGUGACGGGCAAUGCGGGCCAGGGCGCCGCUGAUGGCGCCGGCGCCGCAGGACACACAGUGACACACAUGUCCCACUCCGAGGAGGAGGGCAGUGAUGCACAGGAGUCUGAAUCUGAGGCCGCGGAGGAUCCAGAGUCCGGGGCAGCUGAGGAUUCCGAAUCCGAGGCGGUUGAGGAUUCCGAGUCAGAGGCGGUUGAAGGCCCCGUAUCCGAGGCCGCGCAGGACUGUUGGGAGCCAGGCACCUGCCUCGUCACCGUCAAGGCAGUGUUGGUCAAUUUGUCGUCCCGGGACGUGUGGCAGCUGCUGGGGCAUGGGGCGGCUGUGGGAGGCACGCUGCCGGGGUGGAGCAGCGGCGGCGGCGGCAGCGGCGGCGGCAAGAUUGUACUGCCGCUGCGCGUGCCGCAUCAUCAGCGGCACUGGGCGCCUGCGGCGGCGCUGUCAUGCAAUCCCACCAGGCGUCACAACAAGCGCCUCGCCUACUGGAGCGUGGCGGGACUGGCCACGUGGCUACAGCACGCCGGCGUGGGACCCGGCAGUAGGCUGCGGCUGCGCGUCGUGCGGGAGGCCGCAGCUGAACAAGAAGGAAGCGGCGGUGGAGCGGACGGCGUCACGGUUGUGGCGGGGCAGACCGCGGCAGCGGCAAUGGCGGGCGGUGGGGCAGAUGGCGUUAGCGCAGACGGCGGCAGCGGCAGCAGCGGGCGUGUGGUGGCGGUGGAGGUGAGCGUGGAGGCUGCCGUGCCGCUGCCGCAGAAGCGGCGCCAGCGGGGCCGGCCGGCCGCGGCGGCCGCGCACGCUGGCAAAAGGGCUCCAGGCGACCCGGCCGACGAAAUGGAAGAGCUGCCCAACAAUGUGGUUGUGCUCACAAGGGCCGCCGCGACAGCGCGGAACACACACAGCGUGCGGCUCGACCUGGCGGAGGAGCUGCUCGGGCGUCUCGCGGCGCGCAGCCGUGCGACGCCCUCAGUGCUCCUGCGGGACGCUGAGACGCGGGCGCAUCUGCCGGGCCUCCCCCGGCUGCAGCUCAGGUGCGCCUGGCGCAAAAAGGAUUCCGCGACAGGCGCGGCGCCCGGGCGACCGGGCUGGGAGAUUGCGGGUCUGGCGCUGUGGCUCCGGUCGCAUCAGGCGGCGGAGGGGGACCGCCUCGUCUUCAGCACCGAGCGCGGAAGCGACCCUGCCGCCGGCGCGGCCGAGGAGGCCGGCGCCGCUGGGGCUGCUGGCGGCAGCACCAGCAUGCGCAGCAGGGCUCUGCCGCUCAUCUAUGUGCAGUUUGUCCGUGCACCUGGCCGCAGCGCUGCUGGGCGGGAAGCAGCAGCCGCUGCUGGCAGUGAUGGUGCCGCCGGCGAUGUCCCCUUGGGCGCAGCCGCUACCGGUAGCACGGGCGGCGGCGCCGCUGGGGCAUCCGGCGCUGAGCCCUCUGGAUCCGGCGCGGGCUUGACCGGGCUCGCGGCGGCCCCUGCAAGCACCUACGGCGCCGGCACCUGCCUCGUCACCACCGGGCCGCACCUGACCUGCAUGUCUGCGUACCACGUGGCGCAGCUGCUGGGCAGCGAGGUGGCGGCGUGCGGCGAGCUGCCUGGGGGCGCCAGCAGGGGCGCCGCGGGCCGUACCGGCGUGGCGUUGCCGCUGCUACUGCCACCGCACCAGCAGCACCUGGCGCCGCACGCCAUGCUGAUGUGUGAGAGCGCGCGGCGGCGGCGCGGCUCUGGUCUGCACUGGUGGCUGGUGGGGCUGACGACGUGGCUGCACCAGAUUGGUCUGGGGCCCGGCAGCAGCCUGCGGUUCACAGCCGUGCGGGACGGUGACACGGCAGCGGCUGCCGACGGCGCCGGCGUCAGCGGCGCUGCCGCUGCCGGAGGCAGCAAUGUGGCGGCGGACCGUGUGGUGGCGGUCGAGGUGCGCGUGGAGGCGUUGGUGCCAUUGGGUGGUGACACGGACGAAGAGCCGCACGGACUCGGCGCUCGCCGGCUCCACAGCCACAUGCCACCUGUGCACGAGCCGGCAGCGGAGGACCAGGCUGUAGCGGAGGACCAGGCUGUAGCGGAGGACCAGGCUGCAGCGGAGGACCAGGCUGCAGCGGAGGAUCAGGCUGCAGCGGAGGAUCAGGCUGCAGCGGUUGCAGAAGUGGGAGAGGACGCGGCCGCGCAAGGGGCCGCUCAGGAUGCCACAGGGUCUCCCGUUGCAUCCGCUGCGCAGGAGCAACAACGGCAGCAACAGCAGCAGCGCUACUGCCAGCGGCCGCUCAAGCGCGUCAAGCUGUGCGGCCACUCGCCGCCGCCAACUAGCGGCGGUGCCGCGGACCGUGCUGCGACCAGCGUGCUCCCUACAGCAGCCUUGCCACCAGCGGAACCGGCAGUAGCAGGCCAUGCGGCAGCGGCAGUAGCAAGCCAGGCGGCAGCUCACACAAGCCCAGCGGUGGUGUCAACGUAUGAGCAAGGCGCUCGAGGCGGACAUGAUGCAAAGCCGCCUGCAGCCAGCACUGACCGGCAGGAUGGCUCCUCGUCGGCUCCAGCUGGCGGGCGUCAGUUAGAAGAGUCAGCAGCAGGCGCGGCCGAGGCCACAUGCCGCAACAGCGGCAGAGCUGCCCGGGGGGCUGUAACAGCUGCUGAGGUGGAUGCAAGCGUAGACGGCGCAGGCGGUCCUGCCGCCGCCGCGGCUGAUGGCGAUUGGCAGAAGCAUGGACGGCAGGUCUCGCCUGACAUUAAGGCCGGGCGCCGCUGGGGCAGGUCUGCUAGUGCAAAGGAGGAGUGCGCGGGCACAGGACCUGGAGCUGGAUGUGGUUCUGGAGAUGGAGGUGGUUGCGGUCGCGCGACAGGCGUGAAUGCAACAGCGGGCGUGAGCGCAGGCUGUCAUCCACUACCGACCGGGGCGCUGCUGCGUGCGGCCCUGGCGCAGCAAUACCCCGACACACACGAACUGCUGCAGGACAUCUCACGGUGGGAGCAGCGGCGGGCGGCGCACGAGGCGGGUAGCGUCAGUGGUUCCGGGGGCCCUGACGGUGUGGCCGGUGCCGGUGCACGUGCCGCCGGCAGUGGAGCGCUCUCCGUCCUGCCGCUGCAGGUCCUGCAGCGCUACGCUGGCAACACAGGCUGGCAAUACGAGAUGGAGGUUGAGCGGCGGGUGUUUGGCCCGGCCCUUGCUGCUACAGCUACAGCUACAGCGCCGCCAGGCAGCGGUGACGGCAGUAGCAGCGGUGACGGCAGUAGCCGCUGCGGCGGAGGCGCCGGGCCCGACACGGACUUCACGGCAACGGUCACAAUGCAGCGGCUGAGGGGCACGGAGACGACCAUCCGAGCCACUGGCAGGGUCGCGGCCGACAAGGAGACGGCGAAGCAGCUGGCGGCGGCCGCCUGCCUGCAGCACCUGCUGGCGGAGGUGGGCGUCAGCCCGGAGCGCCUGUGGCCGCGACAGCAGCAGCAGCAGCAGCAGCAGCAGCAGCAGCAGCAGCAGCAGCAGCAGGCGCCACAGCCGCAGCCGCAGCAGCCACGGCCGCAAUCACAGCCGCAGCAUGAGCAGGAACCGGGUCGGCGGGAUCCGGCGCGUGAGCCGACACCGCAGCCUGUGCAGUCCGCAGAGCCGGCGGACGACGGCCCCGGUGCGGCGGGGCUUGGAGCUGGCCGGGCUCCUGAGGCUGCAGCGGCGCCACAGGAGCGGAGCAGCGGCAGCCGCGCCAACGGUGCUGCUGCCCCGUCACGCAGCGAUGGCGCGCCACCGGCAGCAGUAGCAGACAGCAGCGUGGGCGAUGUUGUUACUGACGAUGCUCCUCCAGUGGGUCGUGCGGAGUGGGGCCACGGCGUAAGCGAACUUGGGUCACAGGUCGAGCAGCAGACGCAGGUGCCAAGUCAGAUGCUGCUGGCCCUGCCGGAGCCGCCCGUGCCACAGCAAACCCAGCCGCAGCGGCUGCAGCCGCCUCAGUCGCAGGGGCCACAGCAGGGGUCCCAACCUCAGGCAACGGCGACCAACAACCACCAGCUGGCGGUUGUGCAGUACGACCCUCGCAGCGGGGCUCAGCAGCCGCCGCCGCAGCAGCAGCAGCAGCAGCAGCAGCAGCAGCAGCUACAGCAGCAGCCACAGCAGCAGGCGUACGGCGCUGCGCCGUUUGCCACGUGGCAGCAGCCACUGCUGCAGCAGUACGGGUUCCCGCCGCAGUACAACUACCACAUCCCGCCGUACCAGCAAGCCGGCAUGCCGUACCACCAGCAGCAGCACACGCCUCCGUGCUAUAAGCAGCUACAGACCGUGCAACAGCCGCAGGCGGCAGCGGGCUGGCCCGUCGGCAGCAGCACUCCACACUACCAUGUGCUACAGCCGCACGCAGCUGCCUCUGAACAGAGGAGCACAGCGGGGGCGCUGGUCCCUGCUGGUGGUGGGCCACCGAUGGCAGCGGCGGGCGCGGAGGGCAGUGCGCCGUCAACGCCAGCUGUCGCCGGCAGCAUGGGCAGCGCGACUGCUGCCACUGGGCCUGCGCAGCAGCAGCAACCACCAACGAGUGCGGCGGCGCCAGAGGGCGCAAACGGUAGUGCCGGCAGGGCCCUGCUAGCUCAGGCUGCUACGCAACAAGGCGGCGCGCAGUACGCGCCGCACGCAGGUAGCGAGGUCGGCUGUAGCACCUCGGGCAGCAGCGGGGCUGGCUGUAGCACCCCCGGCAGCGGCGGGCAUGCCCUGCAGUGGGGCUCCCAGCAGCUGUAUGCGCCACAGCACCCAUAUGCGAGCAGCUGGGGGCAGGCGCCCAUGCCUGCAGGCGGGGCGUAUGGGGCGUGCGGGGCUUAUGGGGCGUAUGGGGCGUACGGGGCGCAUGGGGCGCAUGGGGCGUACGGCUGGUGCAUGCCGAGCGCACCUCCACCGCAGCAGUGGCAGCAGGCACAGUGGCGGCCACUGCCCAUGGUGGGGCCGCAGCAGCAGCAGCAGCAGCAGCAGCAGGCACCUGCACACGUGCAGCAGCAGCAGCAGCAGUUGGCGGCCCCCAAGCCGCCGCCCCUAUCACCGGUGGCACCGCAGCAGCCGUGGACCCCGCUGCCGCUGCCACAGCACCUGCGGCCGCAGAAGGCGCCAGCGCAGCGGCCGCAGCAACUGCUGCUGCUGCCGGAACCACCACCGCUAGUGCCAGGUCCUGAGCAGGGGGAAUUGCAGCCGGAGCCGGAGCCGGAGCCGGAGCUGCAGCCGCAGCGGGAGCCGGAGCGGGAGCCGGAGCGGGAGCCAGAGCCGGAGCAGGAGCAGGAGCAGGAGCCGAGGCCGCAGCCAGAGCCCCAGGCGCCGGCACAACCUCUACCGUAGCCGCGGCCAGUGCUGCCCAACUCGCAACAGCCAGAGCUGUGACAGUUUAACACCGGGGGCGCUCCUGGGGGCGCUCCUCACGUUAUCGUGCCGUGUUGUGACCUCCAUCCUGGAGCGCGCUGGAGUGGUUGCAGGCGCCGUCGCAGCCUCCACUGCAGCAGCUGCUGUUGACAUUGCAGCUAGGGCACCCGCGUAUGGGGGUGUCGCCGCUGUAAGAGGAUGCAAUCUCAUGGACGCCGGCGGCUGAGCAAUCGAUUGAGGUUUCUGUCUGGGCAGAAGAUGGUUUAUCCUCUGUUCCUGCAUGUAAUGUCGCAUGGAGCUUAAUGCACGCGUAUUGAACGCAAGCUUGGGGGUUGCUGUCCCUGUGGUGCGUGGGAUGCGGGUUCUAAGGGAGGGCGUGGGAAGAGGGGCCAGGAAAGACAACACUAGUUCAUCAAGGUUUUAUGCUGUACGAUACGGUACGCACGGCAAUUCCGCGUGUACAGCAUGGUUGCCAUGAGCUAUGUGCCUAUGUGCCGCCAAUAAAGCUUGCAUCAUGUUGUCUACUGCGAUAGC